AUGCCCAUCUUGAGGUCGCCCCCUUCUGCCCCUUCUCUCCCUCUCGUCUCUUUAUCCUCGCCACCGGCUACAGCCCGCGGUUCUGCCCCUCCCUGCCCCUUCGCGCCGUCCGAUUACCCCAUCCACGGCCCGCGGCUCUUCUCGCCGCCCUGUCCGAAGGUUCUCUCCACUGGCUCCCGGGCUCCGACCGUCCAUCCGCCAUCGCCAGCGGAAUCAAUGUCCCCUAUAUUUACCCCCUCCCCGUGCACUCUCUCCAGGGCCCGUUGUCGCCACGUCGCCGCGGCCGAUUCUGAGACCUCGCCUUCUGAUCCGAAACACUCUCUCGAUUCCCAUUUUACUGCGCUCUUCGCGCCGAGUUCUUCGGCCUCUUCGAGGUCCAGAUUUACUGGAUUUCACUCCGCUGGAAGGUUUCGGCCCUUCUGGAUUUGUCCAGAACAGUGGGCGCGGUCGGCCCGAGCACAUCGACUGCUUUUGUGUCGAUUCUCUCGAGACCUGUCUACUGAUUGGAGCUGCGCGCCCCGUGAGCUGCUGGGAUCGGGGACUUAUCGUGUUCCAACCUUGCAUGACACCAUUCCAGAUCUGAGCACGAGACAUCGGCCGAUACUCAAUCUGGGAGAUUGCACUGCAAUUGUCUCCCAUGUAUUGCAAGUAUCGGGCUAUGGUAUCAGAUCGCCAACCUGA